AUGCUUACGCAAAAGAUUGUGGUAACGCGAAACCUGCUCGAUGGGUGCUUGCAGCCUUGCGAUCGAUUAUGGCUUCUUGUAAAUGUGAAAGGAGCAGCCGGGCUCCUGGUAAUGGUCUCCGACAAAACCGAUAAAGAGCUAUUAGAAGCAGCAGGCAGCCAGCUGAAAGCAGUCGCGACAUUCACCGCUGGGACUGAUCACAUCGACCUCGCGGCACUGAAAAAGCGCAACAUUCGCUUAGGCUAUAUCACAGACUACCUCUCUGACGCAGUAGCAGACCUGACAGUCAUGCUAGGGUCGCAAAUGCCAUGGCAUCCUCUCCUCAUGGCUGGUCCUCAGAUCCGUGGUGUGACUGUUGGCUUCUUGGGCUUUGGCCGGAUUGCACAAGCUGCAUUGAAAAGACUUAUUGCCACCGAUAAGCGGGUUAUUUACGUUACGUCGAAGCCUGGAAAGCCGGUGUGGGAAGACUACUAUGAUCUCAUCAAGCAUAUGCAUGGCCUUACCGUUCCGGUCGAGGUUGCACGCAAUCUGGGUCAGCUUGCGAGCGAGAGCGAUGUCGUUAUCGUGGGAUGUGCCUUGACGCCGAGUACGAAGCAUCUUGUGAAUGCUGACUUCUUCAAGAAGAUGAAGAAGACUUCAGUAAUUGUCAACAUAGCGCGAGGUCCUGUAAUCGACACGAACUCGUUGGUAGAUGCGCUCGACCAAGGCAAGAUCUUCGGUACAGGCCUCGACGUUAUCGAAGACGAGCCAAACAUACAAGCCAUCUACCCUAUACUGGAGCAGCCACGUUGUGUUUUGCUGCCACACAUUGGUUCAGCCACGCUUGAGACACGAGAGCAGAUGGUCGCUGAAUCGGUGCAGAACCUGCUUGCUGGAUCGAUAGGGGAGGCUAUGGUCAACGAACUGAAACUAUGA